AUGCAUUACAAUCGUAUACGCGAGGCCAUAAGGUUCGUUAUUACAUCACUAGCUUUGUGUGCUCAAAUUUCUUAUGCUGAUUUUGUUGUUCAAGAUUCAAUCAUCCAUCGGGGUUUAUUAGAUACAACCGAAGAAUCUGUUCAUAUUUUAGAGAAUGGUCUUCUACUUGUUCACAAUGCUCAAGAGUUGAUUAUUUCUGGUGACUUGAUUGUAGAUACGGGAGGAAGCUUUGUUGCAGUCAAUCAAAUCCCAGAUGGUUCAUUUAGUGCUGGUGCUGUUGGUGAUUCACGAUUUGAAAACAACGGUCUCGUUCGUUUCCUCAAUACCGAGGCAGCAUCUCAAAUCCCUCACAAUUUUUACUUGGAUACAUUUACCAAUACAGGUGAAUUUCAGUUCUUUACUUAUGGCCAAUCUAACAAGGUGGAACUUCGUAUUGAAACAAACAGUUUCACUAACGAAGGCCAGAUGAUCAUCAGUCAAGAGUCUUCUGAUCUAGGAUCUUUUGAAAUAUUAGCUAACAAUGGAGAUGUGUCUAACGAUGGAAUAAUAUGUCUAGAGAAUAUAAAUAUCACACAGGGAGCUCCUCUUAACGGACAAGGAUGCAUAAAUCUUCAAAACUCUUUAUUAGUGCUCAUGCAGCUUCCCAAUUCAGGAAACCAAGUCUACUUACAGGGAUCUUCCACUUAUCUUGUAUCGCAGUAUGUUUAUGGGGAAACCGGAAUAGAAAUUUAUGGAUUUUACAAUAACGCGAUUGUUGGAAUAGAUGCAACAAUUUCUCAAUUCAUUUACUAUCCAGCCAGCGGAUUACUUGAGCUUUCUGCUUGUGAUUAUUGUUAUAGAAUAAUGUUAUCUAUUGGAUUUGGUUAUGAUACCGAUGGAUUCGAGGUAGUCGAUGCUGGAGGUUACCAGCUUAAUGCCCUUCGAUAUACUUGGCCCGUGCCUACAGGCCGCAACAUACCUCCGUUGUGUCUUCAGUGUGCUGAGACACCUAUAGUUCCCGUUGUUGAAGCCACCGCAAUACCGGACUUGGGAGAUCAGGAUAAUGCAGUGGUCAUAACGCAAGAUUCAGACGGUUAUUGGACAACAAUUUCACAAAAUAUUGACCAAACUAUUACGUCUAUAGUAACAAUCGUUGGUGUUGACGGCACAACCACGCAGACGCACUUGGUUUUCAACACAUUUGUUGAAAAUGAGCUUAUUGAGUCUACAAUAACUGCCCUAUCUAGAUCUCAUUUAUCAGUUUUUACAUCUCAAGUUGAUGGAGGAGACUAUACUACAGUAACUGGUUUUGUGAAUGAGUAUACUCAAGAUGAUGGUAUUUGGACUAGCACUACAGAUACAGGAUACAUUCGAGAGGAAACUUUAGUCACGAGGGUUGCUGUUGGAGAACCCGAGCAGACCCAAGAAUUUGUAAUGGCAAUUUAUCACUUUCAGGAAGCAACACAUUAUAUGGUUGUUUCAGUUUUACCGGAACCAACUGCGUACACAGAAACUCAAUAUUUUACAAAUGAACAGGGAGGGAUAUACACUGCCUUAGUUGUUGCGACUUCAGACGAGGCUAAUUGGUGGUAUACCACAACUAGAACGAUUCCUAGGCUGUCGUAUAUAUCGACGAUAACUACGGGUGAUGGUGAUGAUGUGGUCACGCUAAUUGUUAGUGCCAUAACCAAUGACGAGGGGCUGUGGGUUACACCCACCUCGUAUCAUACACCCACCUCGCAGACACACUUGACGGAAAUCACAACAACCAAUGAUCUCGGAGAGGAAUCGGUAUUGACUGGAGUAUACAGGGAAAGCACAAACAAUCGUGGAGAAUGGAUAAGCACGGUGCUAGCUGGGUCAUUAGAAGCUACGACUGUGACAAGUAGAGCUACCUUGACAAUUGACGAGCUCGUGUACACAAAAGAUGUCCAAUUAGUUGCUUAUAACUAUGAUGAGACUGAUUUGUUCACAGAAACCAUUAUUCUUGAUGAUCCUGUUGCGGCCGAACUGUCGUAUACUGUGAGCGAAGGCAAUGAAGUUUACACUAUGGUGGUGAGAGUGACGUCAGACGAGGCUAAUUGGUGGUAUACCACAACUAGAACGAUUCCUAGGCUGUCGUAUAUAUCGACGAUAACUACGGGUGAUGGUGAUGAUGUGGUCACGCUAAUUGUUAGUGCCAUAACCAAUGACGAGGGGCUGUGGGUUACACCCACCUCGUAUCAUACACCCACCUCGCAGACACACUUGACGGAAAUCACGACAACCAAUGAUCUUGGACAGGAAUCGGUAUUGACUGGAGUAUACAGGGAAAGCACAAACAAUCGUGGAGAAUGGAUAAGCACGGUGCUAGCUGGGUCAUUAGAAGCUACGACUGUGACAAGUAGAGCUACCUUGACAAUUGACGAGCUCGUGUACACAAAAGAUGUCCAAUUAGUUGCUUAUAACUAUGAUGAGACUGAUUUGUUCACAGAAACCAUUAUUCUUGAUGAUCCUGUUGCGGCCGAACUGUCGUAUACUGUGAGCGAAGGCAAUGAAGUCUACACUAUGGUGGUGAGAGUGACGUCAGACGAGGCUAAUUGGUGGUAUACCACAACUAGAACGAUUCCUAGGCUGUCGUAUAUAUCGACGAUAACUACGGGUGAUGGUGAUGAUGUGGUCACGCUAAUUGUUAGUGCCAUAACCAAUGACGAGGGGCUGUGGGUUACACCCACCUCGUAUCAUACACCCACCUCGCAGACACACUUGACGGAAAUCACGACAACCAAUGAUCUUGGACAGGAAUCGGUAUUGACUGGAGUAUACAGGGAAAGCACAAACAAUCGUGGAGAAUGGAUAAGCACGGUGCUAGCUGGGUCAUUAGAAGCUACGACUGUGACAAGUAGAGCUACCUUGACAAUUGACGAGCUCGUGUACACAAAAGAUGUCCAAUUAGUUGCUUAUAACUAUGAUGAGACUGAUUUGUUCACAGAAACCAUUAUUCUUGAUGAUCCUGUUGCGGCCGAACUGUCGUAUACUGUGAGCGAAGGCAAUGAAGUCUACACUAUGGUGGUGAGAGUGACGUCAGACGAGGCUAAUUGGUGGUAUACCACAACUAGAACGAUUCCUAGGCUGUCGUAUAUAUCGACGAUAACUACGGGUGAUGGUGAUGAUGUGGUCACGCUAAUUGUUAGUGCCAUAACCAAUGACGAGGGGCUGUGGGUUACACCCACCUCGUAUCAUACACCCACCUCGCAGACACACUUGACGGAAAUCACAACAACCAAUGAUCUCGGAGAGGAAUCGGUAUUGACUGGAGUAUACAGGGAAAGCACAAACAAUCGUGGAGAAUGGAUAAGCACGGUGCUAGCUGGGUCAUUAGAAGCUACGACUGUGACAAGUAGAGCUACCUUGACAAUUGACGAGCUUGUGUACACAAAAGAUGUCCAAUUAGUUGCUUAUAACUAUGAUGAGACUGAUUUGUUCACAGAAACCAUUAUUCUUGAUGAUCCUGUUGCGGCCGAACUGUCGUAUACUGUGAGCGAAGGCAAUGAAGUCUACACUAUGGUGGUGAGAGUGACGUCAGACGAGGCUAAUUGGUGGUAUACUACUACAGAAAUACUUGAAAGAAUUAGUACUACUGAUUAUAGCGUGCAAAGUGAUAAUGAGACAAGUGAAGCAAAUGAAACAACUGAAUCAGAUGAGCAAAGCGAAACUGAAGAUGUCCCGAGUAGUACAAUUACUUCAGGUGCUGAAUAUGGUGGUGGAGAUGCACAAACAUUGAUUGAAGUAUUGACCUAUACGGAUGAGUCAGGGGUUGUUGAUGUUGCUACUUUUCUACUUGAAGUUGAGUUGGUUGAUGUAGUGGUAUGGGUAACUCGAACAUAUACCAACAUUUUACAAACAACCACAUUUACUUUGCCAUCAUCGGUGAGUACUCAUGAAACUCAAGUAACAGACCCUGUUCGUGUUGUUGGAUACAACUUUGAGGGAUUUGGUUUUUUCUACGAGACUUUUGCUCUAGCAAGUCCCGCUCAGUUUACCAAAACUUUAGCAAUUGAGACGGAUGAUGGUGCAACGUCAUUUAUGUUACAGAUAGUAACUUCGGAUGACAGUUAUAUGUGGUACACCACCAUUGAACAAGCUUUACUGCUGUCAUACACUUCUACAGUUAUUGUGAGUGAUGAAGACAGUUCAUUUCAUACCGGGGAGGUGAACGUGUUUACCAACGAUAUGGGCGCAUGGACUACACAAACAUCUUUUUCUACUCCGUAUUCUCGCACAUAUUAUGAAACUGAAUCAACUUCGACUGGUAUAGAUGGUGAGAAUGUAGGUGCAAUGAACUUGAUUGAAGUGAAACGCACGCAAAUGCUGACAUUAGUAUCAGUGUCAUAUACCGAAGUUCUUGAAACGACCACUUUUGAAAGCGUAAUAGAGGCUUCGCUGGAGACAUUCACGGUUCAAGUAAUUGGUCUUAAUUUUUUUAAUUUUGGUUUUGUAUUUCAAACAGUGGAGAUACAAGCAAGCACGUCAGAGACCGUUUUUUCAAUUGAGUCGGAGUAUGAUGAACCUUCAACUGAGGCAUUUGAUACUUGGGAGUCUGAAUCUGAGUUUGUCUCUAUCCCUGACACCUUCAUUAGCUUAGAUAACACCGAGUCUCAAUUGGAAUUUACAGUAGAUAAUACGAGCGCUUCUGAAAUUUCAACUAAGGCAUCAGAUUAUUUACUGGAUAGUACUUUAUACUUGGUAACGACGACCGAAAAUGAUGUAUCCUUAACAACGGAAAUAACUAAUGGGAACAUAGUGACUUCCGAGCCACUAGUUGUUCUUGAUUCCCAAUUGGAAAGUAUAGCCGCCUACUUAUCUACCAUUACAACUUCAAACUAUGAGGGACAGAGUUUAAUAGCGACAAUUUUGAUGCAAUUGUCUGAGCAAAACGUGGAGACGUGGACAACAAUCACCCAUUCGGCUAUUGAAGUCACUACUUUUAUCUCGCACAGAACUUCUACAAUGGCCGAUGGAAACUCUUCUUUAGCAACAAAAAGUGUAAUGGUAGUUGCCCAUAGUUACGAAAGCUAUGAGCCUGCUUUGCAGACAUUUGAUCUUUUUGAUCCUAAUGAAUGGGCAAUCACCACCACUAUAGAUGACGGAGUUUUGCAAAAUACUGUUUUACUCGUUGUCACCUCAAACUCUGAUGAUCAAUAUUGGUACGCAACUGUUGAUACUGCGAGUCCAUCGUCAUUUACAACUACGGUUGAAUUUCUUUUUUCUUUGUCUUAUGAAGGUUUGGAGCUGAAUACAGCUGUUGUGAACAAAUUUACAGAUGAAUACGGCGUGUGGGUUACUUCGACAUCGCUAGCCUCUCCAAUUGCACAAACAUACCUUCAGUCGAUACGAGGGAUGAAUGAAGUUAAUCAAAUCACGACGGUGCUUUAUUUGGUUGAAGUAAGCAGCACCACCAUAUUAUCAGGCAUCACGGUGACGCAACCAUUUGCUGAAGAAACAACGAUGGCUAACUUUGAAGAACUGUAUGAUGUACAGCCUACUGACGAAACACUUUACGUUGAGCAAAGCUAUGUUGAUUCUGAUCGCUCUGAUCGCUCUAAAAGCCGCUCUAAAAGCCGCUCUGACCGCAAAACCGGAUUUGACAAAGUUCAAGAAACGAGAUCUGAAGGAGUCAUGAGUCGAGAGUCUCAAAAGUUUGGCUCCUCUCCAGCGCUUCAGAUAGAUGUUGGUUCAUUUACCGGAACUGGAAAGGAAACAGCUAUUUCCACAUUAACUCAGACAAAUAGGCUUGUAGACUGUGAGGUAUCUACGUUUGGGACUGCUAAGUCAAUACAUGUAACAAGAGGUGAAAAUGCAGUUUCUGUCUCAAACUCGAAGGAGGGACAAGCUUGGGAUCAGAUUUCGUCAAAAUAUGUGCGGUCGUCCAAUAAUGGUGGAAUUGACAUUGGUCAGAAUACCGAUAGCGAAAGCAUCAGCAUCACUCUCGCUAUAUCGCAUUCGACCUCAAUGCAGAGCUCUUUUACAAGUCCUGCUAAUGGUCCCAAUUCUUUUUACGAAAGCUACCUUUUCGAUGGAGCUGGUUUUGCUGGUGUGCGAUAUAACUUGAGCUCGUUUGCGAAGCAAUUUAGUAUUUUGGUGUUGCUUUUGUCAUUCAUUAUAUAG